GGCGGCUCCUCAGGGGCGCCGAGCCGAGGCGUGUUUCCCGGGCCCGCGGAGGCGGCGCCGAGCCCCGCGUGCACGAUGAGCGGCGGCGGCUCGGACGGGAACGAGGAGUUCUACCAGCAGCUGCGGCUCCAGCAGCUGUACGAGGCCCGCCGCAGCGGCGAGGGCGAGCCCGACCCCUUCACCUACGUGGACCCGGCGGAUGGGACGGCCUACGAGUGGGACCGAGAAAAGAAGGCCUGGUUCCCUAAGGUGACUGAAGACUUCCUGGCAACAUAUCAUGCUAACUAUGGCUUCCCUACAGAUAGUUUAGACAGUUCCUCUGCUUCAAAGACUGAAAGUAAGUCAGCUGUGGAUUCUAGGACAGCAGGAGCACAGCAGUCAACAAACAAAAAAGCACCCCAACAAACAGAUUCUAAACAAAAAGGAGAAAAAAGAAAACUUGACGCAGGAUGGUUUCAUGUUGAAGAAGACAAAAACACAAAUGUGUAUGUGACGGGUUUGCCUCCAGACAUUACAAAGGAUGAGUUUAUACAGGUUAUGUCAAAGUGUGGUAUCAUUAUGCGAGAUCCUCAGACAGAAGAACAUAAAAUUAAACUUUAUAAAGACAAGCAAGGAAAUCUUAAAGGAGAUGGCCUCUGUUGUUAUCUCAAGCGAGAAUCAGUUGAGCUUGCAUUAAGACUUCUGGAUGAGGAUGAGAUUAGAGGCUACAAAUUGCAUGUUGAAGUAGCAAAGUUUCAACUAAAGGGGGAGUAUGAUGCAAGCAAAAAGAAGAAGAAAUGCAAAGACUACAAGAAGAGGCUCUCUCAACAACAAAAACAGUUGGAUUGGAGGCCUGAGAAGAAAGAUGCAACAGUUCGAAAGCGACAUGAGCGUGUUGUUAUCAUCAGGAACAUGUUCCACCCAAAGGAUUUUGAGGAAGAUCCUUUAGUACUGAAUGAGAUUAGGGAAGACCUACGGACAGAAUGUGAAAAGUUUGGAGAAGUAAAGAAGGUUCUCUUAUUUGAUCGACACCCAGAUGGUGUGGCCUCUGUUUCAUUUAAAGAACCAGAGGAAGCUGAUCUGUGCAUACAAGCUCUCCAUGGAAGGUGGUUUGGUGGUCGUCAGCUAAGUGCUGAAACAUGGGAUGGUACAACAGAUUAUCAGGUGGAAGAGACCUCAAGAGAAAGAGAGGAAAGGCUCAAGCUGUGGGGGUCGUUUUUAGGAGAGUCUGAUGCAGAGAAGCAGAAAAUUGCAGCUGCUUCAAAUUCUGCAGCUAGUAGUGUGAAACUGCCUGAAGAUCAGCCUUCAAAAGAUAAUGGCACAUCUAAAGGUGAUGUGAAUGAGGAAGCUCAUAAGAGAGAGGAUAAUGGUGAAGGCAUUAAUGAAGAUGGCACUCCAUCAACAGACAGCAGCCUUGCAGGCAGUGAUGAUGAAACAGAUACAUAACAUCUCUAAUAUUUUAUGAAAGCAUGCUUUUUAGGCUGAUGUUUGGAUUUCUCUUAUCCUGUGCUUCAGGGUGACUACAGACAGUGUUCAUGUGUUUAUAUGCAUAUUUGAUGUCAUCAGCUUGUGCUUUGAAAUUUUCAUUAAAAGCCGUAGUUAAUGAAGAUUUUUAAAAGUUCAUAUUAAUUGGCUAUUGUUCAAGCAAAAUAUCUCAAGUUGCCAAGAGCACAGCAGAACUGACCAGGCUUCUUCUGUCAUAUAUUUGCUUGUCAGUGUUUAAAUUAUAUAAAUGUGAAGUGUGUGUGAACUCCAGAGUUUGAACAAUUACACAGAAUCUAAAAACAUUUUAGUAAUAUAGAAAGAUAUUAAAAUCGAUUUUAAUGUU